AAGUGACGCGCCAGGCCCGGGAGCUGCGGACGCGGAGGCAGACGGACCCGAGGGGCGGACGGCGCGGGGUCCGCGGGCAGGAACACCCCCUGCUGCCUCCAGACGUGUAGGGGAGCAUUGGUGGGAGUCCAGCCUUCGCUUGCAAGAUGGUGAGCCAGAAGGCAGCCACGCUGGAUUUGAAAUCCAAGGAGGAGAAGGAUGCCGAGUUGGACAAGAGGAUCGAGGCCCUGCGGCGGAAGAACCAGGCGCUCAUCCGGCGCUACCAGGAAAUUGAGGAGGACCGGAAGAAGGCCGAGCUGGAGGGUGUGGCGGUGACAGCUCCGCGGAAGGGCCGCUCUGGAGAGGAGAACCUGACUGUGGAGGAGAAGAACCAGGGUGCCUUCAGGAGGUCACCUGGGACCCCUCGGCCACCAGGGCCCAGCAAGGGGCGUCGGACGUCCCCUCAGCAGGGCAACCGAGCCGGCAUGGGCCGGACACCCCGCAACUGGGAAGGCAGCCCCAGCGAGCAGCCUCGGGGAGGGGGACCUGGAACCCGGGGCCGCCGGGGUCGGGGCCGCGGCUCCUCGCAUCUCUCGGGAGCUGGGGACAUCUCAGCCGCAGACCGCAAGUCCAAGGAGUGGGAGGAGCGGCGCAGGCAGAACAUCGAGAAGAUGAACCAGGAGAUGGAGAGGAUCGCCGAGUACGAGCGCAGCCAGCGGGAGGGUGUGCUAGAACCCAACCCCGUGCGCAACUUCCUGGACGACCCGCGGCGGCGCAGUGGGCCGCUGGAUGAGCCCGAGCGGGACCGGCGGGAGGGCAGCCGGCGGCACGGGCGCAACUGGGGCGGCUCUGACUUCGAGCGGGUUCGCAGCGGCCUGGAGCAGGAGCGGCAGGGCCGCCGGGCAGGCCUGGGCAGCACCGGUGACAUGACGCUGUCCAUGACGGGCCGGGAGCGGUCGGAGUACCUGCGCUGGAAGCAGGAACGCGACAAGAUUGACCAGGAGCGGCUGCAGAGGCACCGCAAGCCCACGGGGCAGUGGCGGCGCGAGUGGGAUGCAGAGAAGACAGACGGGAUGUUCAAGGAUGGCCCAGCCGCAGCCCCUGAGCCGUCAUCCCACCGCUACGAUGACCAGGCCUGGGCCCGGCCUCCUAAGCCCCCCACUUUUGGGGAGUUCCUGUCCCAACAUAAAGCUGAAGUCAGCAGCCGCAGGAGGCGGAGGAGCAGCCGCCCGCAGGCCAAGGCGCUCCCCCGCGCCUACAGUGACCACGAUGACCGGUGGGAGACGGAAGAGGAGACAGCGGCCCCUGCCCCCGAAGCCCCCCAGCCUGCUCCAGCUGAGCUGACGCCUGCGCAGCCCCCCGAGACCUCAGCCUCCACUCACCGGCCUCCUGAGGACGAGGGGGAGGAGGACGAGGGGGAGGAGGACGAAGAAUGGGAAGACAUGAGUGAGGAGGAGGAGGAUGUGGAGGAGGAGGAAGAGGAGGAGGAGGAAGAAGAACCACCAGCUCCGGACCACCAGUCCCAGGAGGCCGAUGGGAGCCCCACCAGGGAGCCAGCCGGCAGUGCGGGGAGCCCCGCCAGUGAAGCGGCCAGCGGUACCAGGAACUCCGCCAGUGAAGCGGCCAGCGGUGCAGGGAACCCCACCAAUGAGGCGGCCAGCGGUGCAGGGAACCCUGCCAGUGAGGCGGCCAGCGGUGCAGGGAACCCCACCAAUGAGGCGGUCAGCGAUGCCAGGAACCCCGCCAGUGAGGCGGCCAGCGGUGCAGGGAGCCCCACCAAUGAGGCGGUCAGCGAUGCCAGGAACCCCGCCAGUGAGGCAGCCAGCGGUGCCAUUGGGGCACCCCAGGCUCCCAAGGAUGAGCCGCUUCCCCAGGCCUCCACCCCGCCGGCCAGCCCCUUCUCGCCCCCCGGGGGCCACCAGCCCGUAUCCGACUGGGGUGAAGAGAUGGAGCUGAACUCGCCACGGACCGCCCACCCGACAGGCGCCCUUUGUCCGGCCCCAGGUGGCGACCAGCCUGUCCCUGCCUCCCCUGGACCCCGGAGUGCUGGAGAGGAGGGCUCAGAGGCAGCUGCAGAGGCGGGCCCCGAGGCCCAGGAGACGGCGGAGAUCACCGGCUUCCAGAGGGCUUCCCCGAACUCCUGAAGACACCGCAGGGGGUUGGGGAGGGGGUCCUGGAGCGUCCCCGCCUUGGUGGGAAGGGGGCGGCAGGAGGAGGUUCUGCACGGAGCCCACUCUGAACGCCACGGCUCCAAGGGGGCGAGGAAGAAUUAAGGGUGCUGGCGGAGCAUGGGCGAAGGGGCAUGGUUGGUGUGGGGGCGGAGCGGGACCCUUACUUGGCACACCCGGGAAGACGGGGCCGUGUGGAGCAGGUGCUGCCUGCCGGGCCAGCUGGAUGCUGGAGUGGGUGGGGGUGGAGCUUGGCCUGCUCGACCCCCCAGAGCAGGUGGCGCAGGUGCAGAGGGGCUCCCUGGGAGGGGGCGCGCCCCGCUCGGUUAGGGUUGAGCAGGCUGAGGAUCCCAGGC